AUGAUUAGAGCAAGAUCAAUUAUUAAAUCCACCACCAUUCUCACAAGAAGAUCCUGCUUCCAUACCACCUCAAUCAUAAAUGCAGCCACUGUAUUCAAAAUGCCAGCCAUGUCACCAACCAUGACUGAAGGAGGGAUCAUUUCUUGGAAAUAUAAACCAGGAGAAUCAUUCAAUUCCGGUGAUGUUUUAUUAGAAGUUGAAACUGAUAAAGCCACAAUUGAUGUUGAAGCAGUAGAUGAUGGGAAAAUGUUUGAGAUUUUGGUAGGGGAAGGUGCCAAAGGUGUACCGGUUGGGAAGGCUAUUGCAUUUAUUGCUGAACCUGAGGAUGAUUUGUCAAGUUUGACAAGACCUGAAGUGGAAGAAGAAGCGGCGCCAAAGGCAGCAGCUGCUGAAGAAAAGAAGCCAGCCCCUGCUAAACCAGCUGAAACUCCAAAACAACCAGAAUCAAAACCAACAGUAGUUGAAAGUAAGUCAGGAAUCUUCCAAAAGGCAAAUCCAAAACAAAAAUUAUCACCAGCGGUUGAAUUAUUAUUACAUGAAAAUAAUAUUUCUUCAACCGAUGCAAUUAAUCAAAUUCCUGCAUCUGGUCCAAAUGGUAGAUUAUUAAAAGGGGAUGUAUUAGCUCAUUUAGGUUCAAUUAAUCGUGAUUCUAUAAUUAAAUUAACUGAAUUUUUAAACUCAAAGCAACAUUUAGAUUUAUCAAAUAUUGUCAUUGCCAAACCGGAACCACCAAAGCCAGAAGAAGUCAAGAAAGAUGCUACCACACCUGUUGAAAAACCAAAACCAAAGAAUAUUUUAUCAAUUGAUUUAGUGUGUGAUUUAGGUACUGAAGAAGACAUUUCUCCUGCCAAAUUUAAAUUUGCAUUUGAAAAUUCAAUAAAAUCAGCAAUUAAACAAAGUUAUGGUAUUAAAUUCCCUCAAUAUAUUUCAUCACCAACUGCAAAUGUUCUUCGUGAACAAGAUGAUUUAUUUGAUGAAAUUAUUAAUCCUGGGGUUACAAAGAAGAGAUUUGAAGUUUAUGAUAUUUCCUAUAAAUUCUAUCAAUCAUCUCCUGCCUCCACCAAAUCCAUUAGCAUUGCAUCUGAUCCAUUUGAUGAAUUAUUGGGAUUGGAAUCAUCACCAGUUAAGAAGACUAUUAAAUCAAAAGAAGGAGAAUCAUCUAGACAAAAGGUGAAUGUUGGAUUUAAAGUUAAAUAUGAUGAAAAAUUAAUCGAUUCAAAACAAUUUGUGGAAUAUUUUGAAGAUUCUUUAUUAUCUCAAAUCCCAACUAAUUCUAUAACCAUUACUAAUUAG